GAAAAAGGAUGGUUCACUUGGGACAAAUGGAGUGUGCGCGAACCUGGGUUGGUCAAGCUGGAGUUCAAAGGCACUCGCAUGAUUGCUCUGUGUAGCAUACGUUAUUACGGCGAGGGCGAUAACGAGAACGGAAAGGUAAAUUAAAGUGUCCUCGAAGGAGAUCUCAAAGCGCCAAAUCAAACUGCACUGGGACUGGUACAAAGAGGUACUGGAAGGAGUCUUAAAUACUGCCACGAACAGAGGAAUGAGAAUGAAUGGCGGGGUGAUGUGCACCUAUGAGCAAAAAAAGCUGGGGCCGAGUACGUACUAUGACAAACGGUGGAUGCUCAAAGACGGGAUCCACACGGAGCCGCUUGAAUAUCACAUCAAGGAAGAGGCGUGA